AUGUUGGCGAGUCGUGCAAAGUUCACAGAAUAUAUUCACAUUUCUUCUUCAACCUCUAGUUUCACAGCCAUCAAUCAGCCCUCGACGCAGUUCUCGACGCCUCACUCGUCAAUAGCAGCACUGGUUCAGCAAAACCAAGCCCAGCGAAGAGCGACCAUUCACGGAAGACGGCGACAUAACCCCGUUGUUGCCCAGUAUCUUGGUCUUGGGACUGCAAGCGAGCCUACACAUCUCGAGAUAUAUGCUUCUUCGCCGGCAACGCCAACCAGCCCGCCACCGAAACCUGCACGCAAGCGACUCAAGUUGGCUGCUCAUGAGAGCAUAUCAGAUGGCAGACAUAUGAAUGCGGAAGCAAGGGGGAUUCCAGAUCAACGCCGUGUGUCGGAGAGCUUUCAGGUGACGAAGCUUGCACGCAAGUCCGCGACAUGUACACCCAAAGCUCCACCGUCCAGGACCACACAAUCAGCAUCCAUUGACGAUGUACGACCACAGAGGUCGACGGCAGAUAGUAAUGGGGCGACCGUGUCAGAUCGUGUUUCUACCAGUCAAGCCUGCGAUGUUGCAGAUGAUCGUUUCGCCAGCCCUGAAACUGUCCGAAAUGUUAGCCAAGACACGGUGGCUACACUGCCUAUGCAAGAUCCAGUUGAUGCGCGCUUGUUUAAUGUCGAACUUGGCGACCAUGAUACCAAUGAAGUUGGAUGCAUUGACUUCAGCCUAGCUCCGCAGCAAAACGAGACUUUGGUCUUUGACGAAGACGACUUCGACUUUGAUGUCAGCGAUAAUGAACUCCCCGCAUUGACACCUGGUAUCGAUAGCGCGUGCUCUGACCUUGCAAAGCAGACCUCAAACCCUUCAGUGCAACCUAACAUUGAUGGCGAUUGCAGGCUGCAUGACGUUCAAGGUCCAUCUGCUGAUGCUCAUAUCAUUCUUGAUGAAGUUACUGCUAAGAAGAGUUCCCAGCGCUUAUCAAGGCAGUUCACUUCUCCAGUCACUCUGACUACGCGCUUGCAGAUUGCAUAUGGCGACUCAGGCUCCGCGACAACUCAGAAGCCAAUUGCGAGACCACCAUUUCCUGAGGCGGUUCGUGAUCGCUCUCCCAUCAUCGGGCUCUCGUCAAAUUCGCUACUCAGGACAUGUUUCCGCAUCGGUGAGGUUAUCAACCAGAGUUCUCAAGCAUCCAAGUCCGGGAAGCACAUCAUGAUCGAAAUGUACGCCAGAAUACUUGGUUCGGAGCGAACUGGCACGGAGCAGCAAUUUACUUUCUGCGAUCUCUUCCACGCUAAACCGCCUUACAUCAAGGGUUUCUACAGUGCUGCCAUGUGGAAGUCGGUGCAGCUGUUCGAGUACGACAGCAGAAGACUGUUACAGCAAGGGCGGAUGUGCCGGUGCAUUGGCACCAUGAAGCGCGAGCAAAAGGUGUGGACCAUGACGGUGCUCAACAUCUGGGAAGCAACCUGGGAAGAUAUUAAAUGGGUGGAGGGUAUCGUGAACUCCUAG